GGCAUGGCAGGAAAACAUCUCCCUGAAGGAACUGCAGCGCAGAGGCGUCUGCUUGCUAAAACUCCAAGCUGCCAACCAGAGAACCGGCCUCUACGGACGGCUGCUCGUGACGUUUCAGCCUAGAAAAUAUGAUUCAGACGCCGAGCUGCCCUAUAACAGUUUCGGGCCUGGGGACAUUGUGGGCCUUUACGAUUCAGCUGGCCAGGGUGAUCCGCUCUCCACCGGCAUCAUAACCCGUGUCACCUCCAAAGCAGUGACUGUUGCCUUUGAGGAAUCUCGAGAUGGCAUGCUGAGCUUGGACCGAGAGAGCUCUUACCGCCUGCUGAAAUUAGCCAACGAUGUCACCUACAACAGGCUGAAAAAAGCUUUAAAUGCACUAAAGCAGUAUCACAGUGGUCCAGCCUCUGAUCUGAUCAACGUCCUCUUCUUUUCUUCGGAUCCAAGCGCAUUCAGUGAAACAAAGCCUCUAAAGCUUUACAACAACUCGCUGGAUGCAUCGCAGAGGGAGGCUGUCUCCUUCUCGCUGGCGCAGAGGGAGCUUGCCAUCAUCCACGGACCGCCUGGCACAGGGAAGACCACAACACUAGUAGAGAUCAUCUUGCAAGCUGUACAGCAAAACCUGAAAGUCCUGUGUUGUGCCCCUUCCAACGUUGCUGUGGAUAAUCUGGUGGAAAGGCUGGCUGGCUACAAAGCCCGCAUCCUGCGGCUUGGGCACCCCGCUCGCCUGCUGGAGCCCAUCCAACAGCAUUCCUUGGAUGCAGUCUUGGCCCGCGGCGACAAUGCCCAGAUAGUGGCAGAUAUCAGGAAGGACAUCGACCAGGCCUUUGCAAAAUCCAAAAAGGCUCAAGACAAGGGAGAGCGGAGCCAUUUUCUCAGUGAGAUUAAGGCACUGAGAAAGGAGCUAAAGGAACGAGAAGAAACUGCCAUGGCUGCAGCACUUACCCACGCCAGUGUUGUCCUUGCUACGAAUACAGGUGCUUCCUCGGAUGGCCCUCUGAAGCUGCUUCCUGAAAAUCACUUUGAUCUCGUGGUGAUAGAUGAGUGUGCUCAGGCCCUGGAAGCCAGCUGCUGGAUACCUCUGCUGAAGGCUGGAAAGUGCAUCCUGGCCGGGGAUCACAAACAGCUUCCCCCCACCAUCAUCUCUCACAAGUAA